GCCGGGUCAGCUGACCACGAAACGCCGGAAGGAGAAACUCCGGGCCAGCGCGUGUCGCGAUGAAGUUCCGGUUCUGUGGUGACCUGGACUGCCCCGACUGGGUCCUGGCAGAGAUCAGCACGCUGGCAAAGAUUUCCUCUGUGAAGCUGCGGCUGCUGUGUAGCCAGGUGCUGAAGGAGCUUCUGGGACAGGGGAUUGAUUAUGAGAAGAUUCUGAAGCUCACUGCUGACGCCAAGUUUGAGUCUGGUGACGUGAAGGCCACCGUGGCAGUGCUGAGCUUCAUACUCUCCAGCUCCGCCAAGCACAGCGUGGAUGGCGAGUCCUUGUCCAGUGAACUGCAGCAGCUGGGGCUGCCCAAAGAGCACGCAGCCAGCCUGUGCCGCUGUUACGAGGAGAAGCAGAGCCCCCUGCAGGAACACCUUCGGGCCUGCAGCCUGCGUGUGAACCGGCUGGCAGGUGUGAGCUGGCGCGUGGACUACACACUGAGCUCCAGCCUGCUGCAGUCUGUGGAAGAGCCCGUGGUGCACCUGCAGCUGGAGAUGGCCGCUGCCCCAGGGGGCCCAGCCCGGCCUGUUGCCAUGUCCCUCUCGGCAGACAAGUUCCAGGUCCUCCUGGCAGAGCUGAAGCACGCCCACACCCUGAUGGCCCCGCUGGGGUGAGGAGUAGCGUGUUGGGACCAGUGUUGAGUCUCUGCUCCAGACUUCUCUCCAGCAGUGGCGCGGGGCGGGGCGGGAACUCUGGCAGGGACUGGCUUCCGGGGUCCCUGGCCACCUGGGUUCCCACUUGAGAGUUCAUCUCAACAUAUUAGGAUCCUGAGGACUUUUCUACCGUUGUUUUCCCUCCCCAUGAAAGGCGCUUGUUAACAGUUUCAUGAGCAGGCAGAAUAAACAGGUGUGACGGAAUGUGUGUGAGGGCUGCUUUUGGGGCUCAGAUCAAAGGGUUGUAGGAGACAGGAAGUGACAUAUGGACCUCCCUGGCCUAUCACUCAUUUACUCUUCUCAGCUGCUGAUGGAGGCAGGUCAGGGGUAAGGUGAACUUAGAACCAAAAUAAAACCAAAAAUAAAACCUUUCUCUGUAGAGAGGAAAGUUAGGGUUCUGUUUCCCAGUUCAGUCUUGCUCUUGCCUCUGUCCUCUCUCUGCUGGCCUUGUGCUUAGGCUGGCAGUAACUGGAGGCAAAAGCCCUGACUUCCUGACUCCUUUCUGAAGAGAGAAGGGCCCAUGGCAAGAGAAGUGGGGUUAUGAAUGCUCGUGUCCACACCCCAGUUGCUGAGAUGGUAUUUGGAGGUGCUGCCUUUGGGAGGUGUCAGGUGUAGGUGAAUUCAUGAGAGUUGGACCCUUGUAAUGGGGCAGCAGACCGCACCAAGGGGAGCCUUCCCCUCUCGCUGGCCGUAAGGAGGUGCAGUCUCCCUUUCCCCACUGGCUGUGUCAGAGACGCCUGCUAGAGAGAAGAUUUAAAUAAAGUCCAGUUUCAAAAACAAUACCCCACCUGCCUAGCAUUCAGACAAAAACCAUUUGUCAUUCCAAGAACCAAGAAAAUCUCAACUUGCAUGCGAAGAGACAAUGGAGGUCACUACCGACAGGACUCUGUUCUCUGCUAAGAACUUUAAAGCAGCCAUCAUAAAAAAUGCUUGAUGUCUCAGUAAAAAAGACGAUACAAAGAACUGGAUGGAAAUUUUAGAACUGAAAACUACAAUAAUCGAUGUUAAAAAAAGGUCAACAAAUUGCGUGAACUUGAAGAUAGACUAAUAGAAAUUACCUAAUCUGAACAAGAGAGAAAAUAAUGGAAAAAAACACAAGACAACCAAAAUGAAAAUGCAUACAUUAUGCAAAAAUAAAAAAUGAUGUAAGAAUUAUAUAAAAUAAUUUAUUAAAAAAAACACACAAGACCGUCCAGAGGACCUGUAGGCCUAUAACAGAACAUCCAAUAUUCAUGUCCUGGAAAAGGGUGAGACAGAAAAGUUAUUUGAAUAAAUAGAGGCUAAGAAUUUCCCCAACAUGGUAAAAGACAAACCUAGAGAGUUUAGAAGCUCAGUGAACCCCCAAGAGAGAAAUCUGUGCCAGCAUACAUCAAUAUGAACUUCUGAAAACAUAACAGAAACUACAGAGUAAUGUUGAAAGCAGCAAAGAGAAAUGACCACUAACCUUCAGGGAGAAAACAAUUUGAAUGAUACUGGAUUUCUCAUCAAAAAGCAUAGAGGCCAGAAGAAGAAAGUACAACAUUUUCAAGGCCCCAAAAGAAAAGUCAACCAACCAAGAAUUCUGUAUUCAGCAAAAAUUACCCCAAGAAUAAAGGGGAGGGGCCUCCCUGGUGGUGCAGGGGUUAAAGUCUGCACUGUGAAGCUGUC